CUUACCGGCAUGCUAAACAAUUUCUUCGCUCCCAUGCUCCAUUGCAGUAACUGGGGGCCCUUGAAUUGCUUGAGACUCAGUCUGAGAAGAGAGACUCUCAGCUGCCUCCUCUUUCUCUCUCUCAGCUGCCACUUCAACAGUCCACAUACACACACCCCUCUGUUUUUCCAGCUCCUCUACCUUUUCUCUCUACUGGGUUUUAGUGGUUUUGCAGAAUCUGUAGCAGUGGCCUUUGAGCUAUGGCGACUGAAGAUGGAACCUUUGCUAAAAACGGUGGCGGCAUUUUCACAAACGAAGCUGAGCCUUCAACCUACAUGGAUGGAGUUUCCACUGAGAUAAUUGAAGAAGCACCUCCUGGCCAUCUGUGGAGACGACAGAACCUCGUCUUACAGAUACCUUCAAGAACUCUUGAGGAUGCCAAAGAGAAUUUUGUGAGAAUAAACAUGCCCCCAACGCCGAGCCCCACUCCCAAAAGAGUAAAUUUCUCCCCAUUACCCAGCCCUAGUUUAGCCAAAAUCAAUGCGUCCCCAGGUCCCUCGUUGUCAAAAACUAAAUCGACCACAAAAAGAAGCCUCCUUCCAAGACUAAGUUUCAAAAAUUGGAACACUACUUCGGAUAUUGAGAAGGCUGCCACUCGAGCACUAGGAGGCUUACCUGCAGGGACACAUGAGAAGCCUUCAACUCCAAGGGCCUGGUCCUUUGCAACGCUUUUAACUCCCAGGACGAAAACCGCAUCAUCCUUGCCUGCAACUCCAAUUGCUCACUCAAAUCUAGAGUCCAUGCAUGGCAGGAACACAAUUGAUCUAAAAGCAGAGGCCCAACGACCUAUUUGCCGCUCACGUUCUGUUCCUGCGAUUAAGAAAGAUGGAAGUAUAUAUGCAGGCAGUGUCAUUCGUGUAAUUCCAACCACGCCACGAGUGGCUGAGAGGACUGUCACGACUACGUCAAGCACAUCCCCAAUAAAUGUCACUAAUGGAAGUGAUGAUGGUGGUGAAGAUAUUGCUGAAGAAGAAGCUGUUUGUCGAAUUUGCUUAGUUGAGCUAGGUGAAGAUGCCGACACCCUCAAGAUGGAAUGCAGCUGUAAAGGCGACCUUGCUCUUGCCCACCAAAAAUGUGCUGUAAAAUGGUUCAGCAUUAAGGGUAAUAAAACAUGCGAUGUGUGCGGAGAAGAUGUUCAGAACCUGCCAGUCACACUUUUACGAAUUCAAAAUUCUCAGGCUGUUAAUUUUCGAGCAAGUAGAGCACAGCAGGCUGAGGUUAAUCAAUAUAGGGUUUGGCAGGAUGUUCCGAUCCUUGCCAUAGUUAGCAUGCUUGCUUACUUCUGUUUUCUUGAGCAGCUUCUGGUGGGGAAAAUGGGAUCGCACGCAAUCACUCUCUCUCUUCCUUUUUCCUGCAUCUUGGGUCUACUGGCAUCCAUGACAUCGUCCACAAUGGUGAGAAGAAGAUAUGUCUGGAGUUAUGCAACUACACAGUUUGCACUGGUCGUCAUUGCAGCACAUCUACUUUAUUCAUUGAUUCACAUGCAGGCAGUUCUGGCUCUUCUCCUCGCCACCUUUUCAGGGUUCGGAAUUACAAUGUGUGGAAGCUCUAUCAUUGUUGAGGCUUUGAGAUGGAGGGGAAGAUGGCGUUCUCGGCAGUCAAAUCAACAGCAUGGUUCUCAGGAGGUGACACAACCGAAUCAAUCACCACAGAAUACACAACAAACACAAACGAAUCCCCGACAGCGGGAAAAUGAACCUCAAGGUGCAGAACUUACUCAUGGCUCUGCUUCUGUAUGCACAAAUACCACCGCUGCAUGCUAAGGGAAAGUCUGGCUGUAAACUGCCCCAAAAUAUAGCACAUGUUAAGCGUUGUACAUAAACUGUUUUGUAUACAUAGUUUGGCUUGAGAGCCACAUUGUUUGGCUCGUCCUUCGUUUA